ACUCUAUUGACUUGGAAGUUUUUGCAAAGACGGUUAUAAACUUUUAAUACAAAAAAGGGCUAGUUUAAACGGGGAGACAAUAAUUAAGGACAUGUUGUAUAAUGUAUGUUUUGCAAAAUGAUGUCACGCUGAAAUCGGAGCAUGCUCAGUGAGCUUGUUUUGUUCAAAACCUGGAAGCAUCAAUCACCUCAGCCCAGCCGAGCCCUGCCGCUGUCGCCACGCCCUCUCAAGAUGUUUAUUAGCCAGCAACAAUCUCAUGCUGCCUGCGAUUGCCUUGCAUGUAUUAGCAGCGCUCCGCCUCCUGACGUCGUGUUCAAAGCACUUGGGGAAGUCCUCGUCUGCACUUUGAUAGUCUUGUUUUGGAACUUGAAAGUGAAGUUAGUCUCGACUUGCACACAGAACCAAAGAGAACCACGCGCGCUACCUGCUACUGGCCCAAAGAUGAUUUUCGACAAAGUAAAGAAGUUCGACAUUGUGUUCGACUCCAUCGAAGUCGACUCACCUCCCGUGUUCAGCAGCGCCGACGUUGUGUCCGGGAAAGUGGUGCUGGAGCUGGGCACCGCAUCCAAAGUGGAGUCGCUAAAACUGCACGCUGAAGGGUUCGCUAAGGUCCACUGGACCGAAUCUCGGAGUGCGGGCUCCAGCACCGCUUACACACAGAAUUACUGCGACGAGGUGGAGUACCUGGACCGGCGAGAAACGCUCAUGCAAGCAGAUAACGGGGAGCUCACCGUUCUGCAGGCUGGAAAGCAUGAAUUUCCCUUCAGCUUCCAGCUUCCUGAAGAAACUCUGGUGACCUCCUUUGAGGGAAAGCAUGGCAGCAUCCGAUACUGGGUUAAAGCAAAGCUGCACAGACCCUGGAACACUGUGAAGAAAAUAAAAAAGGAGUUCACCGUGAUCGAGCCCAUUGAUAUCAACACGCCAGCAUUACUAGCAUCUCAAGCUGGCACCAAAGACAAAAUGGCGCGGAUGUGGUACCGUAACCUCGGGCAAGUUUCCCUGACCGCCAAGAUCGACAGAAAGGGCUACACACCGGGUGAAGUGAUCCCAAUCUUCGCGGAAUUUGACAACUCCACCCAUCGCUCCGUGGUCCCGAAGGCUUAUAUCACUCAGACUCAGACCUUCAUCGCCCGUGGCACCAUGAAGCAGAAGAAAUCGAUCGUGGCCACCCUGAGUGGCGACGCGGUCGGGGCACGGAAACGGGAGACCUGGCACGGGCGAGCCAUCAAGAUCCCUCCCGUGGGGCCGUCCAUCCUGCAGUGUCGCAUCAUCCGCGUGGAGUACAUGCUGCGGGUGUGCGUGGAUGUCCCUGGAACCUCCAAGCUGUCCCUGGAGCUGCCCUUGGUCAUGGGCACCAUCCCACUGCACCCCUUCGGCAGCCGCACCUCCAGCGUGAGCAGCCAGUACAGCGUGAACCUGGAGUGGCUCCGCAUGGCCAUCCCCGAGCAGCCCGAGCCUCCGCCAGAUUACUGCGCCAUUGUCUCCGACGAGGAAGCAGAGCGCAACAUGUCCCCACCUCUGAUCGAGGAAGACUUCACGGGGGUCCUGCAGCGCCCCUUCUUUGCCUACGUGCAGGAGUUCCGUUACCGCCCCCCUCCCUUCUACUCUGAGGUUGACCCCCAUCCUCAGACCCCCAACAUGAGAAGACGCUGCAUGACAUGUUGAACAGCACGACGUGACUGAAUAGAAGUGAUUUCGCCUGGAUUCGUUAUCCAGAGACUCGAUUGAAGUCCCGAAGCGUGUUUUGCUAGGGGGCGUGGUUGAAGAAUGAAUGUUUUUUCCCCCCUUUGCAUCUCCAAGGAUUGGAGCGCGGAUGGGAUUUGGACGCCAGGAAAAUCCUGAACCCGCAUCCGCUGGUCUCCCACGCACAGCUCUGGUGCGGUUUUGGAGAAAUAAAAAGUAAAUAAAAACUGUUGAAAAUGAUGCUGGAAAAACUUAACAGUGAUACAAUGCAGACUGCAGAAGAAACAAAGCACUUGCUGUUUGCCGUUCUGUGGCGUACAAGGAUGAAAAUAUAAUCCUUCCAACUAUAGCCUGGGAGAGAAUCUGGAUUCUAUCAUAUCAGCCUUUCUGUUUGAACUGAGGGCAGACUACGCCCAUGCAAGAAGAAAUGGGACAUUCGCUGCACUGUAGAAAUCUGAGUUCUAUGUGGUACAUACUGUGGUACACACUGAUCUGUGGUACACACCAAUGCAAAGCCUUCACCUCAUAGAUAUGCAACCUUUCAUGAAUAUGCAGAAUGCCAAAAACAAAAUGUUUCAGAAGUUGCAUUUGUGUCUUUUUAUGAAUCCAGCUUCUCCUGGACGAUGCAUAGCCAGCUAUGUUCUUUUAUAGAACUGUAUAGCAGUACUGAAAAGUGAGAAUGAGACGUAUAAAUAUAUAUGAACCAGGCACAGUACUUUUAUAUGUAACAACAGCUUUCACUAUGCUUGAAAUGUUAAAACAAAUAACCAAAGAAGCUAAAUGCUUUCAGGGAGCAGUGCAGGAGGGAGGGGAUACAUGGCUUUAAAAUCCAAUACCUCCUGGUUAUAUUAUCUGAGCCAUACUGUUUGUGAAUACAUAGUUGUGAAUGAUUAUUACAACACAUUCCAUAAUGUAAUAGAGCUGUCUUCUUGUUCCCAUACUGUGAUGGAAAUGGAACGGUCGCCCUGUGUUGGUGUGGGAGUGUAACACAAGACAGCAAAUACAAAGAUUGUUUAGAUGUUCUGUAAGUAGUGUUUACACAAAAAGGAGUCUAAAUGUCUUGCCAAAGAUAAUCUGUUCAGUACCUGUGGUUUUUUUUUUUUUGUGUGUUUUGCUACACGUUUUCUAAUAAACAAAGAAAAAAUACCUAAA